GUGCAUACUGCGUGGUGACGCUAAGCGCAGAUCUCAUAACAUACCGAUGGUCUACUCACAGUGUACAUAGACGCUUCCAGCUCACCGUAGAUCAUCUGAAUAACAGCCGCUCGUGGUACUGUUGUGAAACAACCCUUGCAAACCUCACUGACCGCAGACAUGGCCGACCAGGCGCCGAAGGAGCCCGGUGCUCGUGUUGCGACCAGGAUAGACCCGAUUAAAGAGAGUCUUUCUCGUGAACAGAUGCAGUUCAUCCGACACGUAGAGCUCGAACAGUGGAAGAAGAAAACCCAGAAGCUGCGGACACGAAACGUUGUGACGGGCCUUGCCAUUGGAGCAAUCGUUAUGGGAAUUUACGGCUACACAUUUUACUCAGUCUCCCAGGAGAAGAUCAUGGAUGAAAUGGAUGAAGAGGCCAAGCGUGCAAGACUGCAGGGACCAAAGACCGGUGCCAACUGAAACAUGUGUUCCCGUUUUUGGACUGCGUGUCUGUCCUGCAUUUAACUGUCUGAGAAGGGACUUAUGUGGACACUGAUUCCACUGAUUUAUAUUCAAUGGCGGGCCGCUGUUUUUCAUGUUAAGAAACCGGUGGAUGUUGUUUUGACUUGAUUGUGAAGGUUAACUGUGAGCUUCUGCUGUUGACUUAUAACUAGAAGUGUCUUGAGUCAAGACACUGCAUUCAGUGAAAAGGACUAAUCCGCUGACCUUACAUGCUACUCAGAAGGCCAGACUGUAGAAUGAUUUAAAUCCUUUCAGCCCCGAUCAAGUGAUGUUCAAUGGGCGAAUCCUAAUGAUGUUGAAUCUACAGUGGCCUUUAACAGCGAGGAAAUGCCAGUGACACUGCUGAAAUGACACACAGAUUAACCUGUUGAAACAUAUUAAUGUCAAAAAUCAUUUGUGUAAAAAAACAACAAAUGUAUUUGAUUUUUUUAAAACAAUAAUGUCUGUAACUAUUUAUGCAUGAUAAAAAGACAGAGUAAAGAAGACAUAAAGGCCGUGGUAUUUACAACUGCAUUUAUUUUUGUCAAAAUUUGAUAUAGAGUCUGAUCUAGCCACUGAAUCUUGAGUAAAAAUAUAAAAUAAGACAUUGUACGGGAAAGGCACAGAUUCAGCUUGGCAGGACAGCAGCAGCUUCAGAAUGCAACACAAUUAUAUAUUUACAUUCAAAAUUGUGAAACAAAACUUAUUUGAAUAUAUUAUGAUUUUGGAAAAUCUUAAAGGAGUUUCACUGCCGGAAAAUUCAGUGUGUAGUGUGAAUAUUUUAUAAGGCAUCAGCUACACAUUCACAGCUUGGACUGAUAUCUCUAUUUCCCACAGUGUGCUAAUUACUUAAAACUGGUCGAGAGUGGAUCGUUGUUACUGUGAACAAACAUAAACUGGAGAAUAUUCUCUACUUCCCUCAUGGAAAAAAAGACAGGACAUUUUGGCUCUUACUUGAGUGAACACAGUUUCAUCCACCGAUGUGUUAAAAUGAGUGAGAACAAAAGAUGUUACUAAAGUGCACAAUUAUUUAUUUAUUUAUUUAUUUUUGCCUGGGCAAGAAUAAAGGUUGCUGGCAUGUUUCCUUGUAACUUGUAAACAUGAUCUAUAAAUGCACUUACACUUUAAACACAUGUACUGUCAUCAGGAAAGAGCCAGUAGUCUAAAACCUAAGUGGAUUUUUUACAUCUAAUCAAUGCAAA